AUGUAUGCAAAAGUUCACAAAAUUUUUGCUGGACAUAGUUUUUUGAUACUUUGUUUCCAAAAAUUCGAUCUGAAAAGCUCACCAAUUGUAAAAGUCCGAAAAUUGAACUCAGCCGACAUUCAAGAGCAUACCAAAAGGAAUGUUGCAGGAAGAAGUAAUAGUUCAAAACAGGAUGAAGACAAAUCCUUUGAACCAGGGACUCUGGUGUGGGCCAAGCUAACCGGCUUUCCAUGGUGGCCAGCUUUAAUUGUCAACCAUACAGCCUGUGGAAUGGAAAUAUCAGAAGAAGGAAAAGUCUGGGUGUUUUGGUUUGGAGAUCACUUGCUAUCUCAGGUAUCUGUUCGAUCACUUAUACCCUUUUUGGAAAAUUUUUAUUUGAAAUAUAAUGGUGUUCCAAGCAAAUCACCAAAGUUUGUGACAUCAGUUACUGAAGCCAUUAAAGAACAUUGCAGAAAAAACUAUGAAGUAUUGGAUUGGAGUGACCAGGAUUAUCUCGCUUGGGGACUUAACAAUUUUUUUCCAGAACCUACGAGACAAAAAGAGAUUUCAAGUUUGCGAUAUGCCCCAUAUAUCGCAGAUAAAUUAACAGAAAUUGCUGCAAUGAAUUCCAUUCAGAAAAAAAAAAAUGGAAACAGAGGAACCAGUGUAAAUAAGGUAUCCAAAGAAUCAAGUCAAUCAAGUGAAUCUGUGAAUAAACAAGCUAAAGAAGCAAAACUUUCAAGUACAGCUGUGAAUAAGCAGUACAAAGGUGCAAUACACUUUGGCAAAGGAAAAGCAUUAAAGAAUCAAAGGCAAAAAAAACAGAGUGACGGUGAUUGCCUAAGGUGCAAUAAAUCUGCAACAUAUGAUCAUCCUUUAUUUAAAGGAAAGUUAUGUGAAAUGUGCAUGGAACGCUGGAAGUUAACAUUUUUUGCCUGUGAUAAUGGCUCCAAUUAUAUAAACUGCUGUGUUUGCGGACACAUUGCACAUGAAACUUCUGUAUGUGCAAAUGAAAAAUGUGGAAGAAUGUAUUGUAAACAUUGCACACAAAAGUUUGAAAUAAAAAUGAACCAGCAAUGUAUAUGCUUACUGUGUAUCCCGCCAAGAACUGGAUUGUCAUUAAUAAAAAGAGAGUCUUGGAGAAUGAACGUAUUUCAGAAUUACUUUGUAACUCAGGAGGGCAAGACAGAAUAUCCCUCAGACAUGUUUCCAAAAGAAAAACUGACUGUUCUUUCUUUAUUUGAAAACUCUGCAAAAGGUUUUCAAAUUCUUCAGGAUGUUGGCAUUAAUAUUAAUACAUAUUUCACAUCUUCUUUGGAUGUUGAUGAGAAUAAUGACAACAUUAGUAAUGAAAAAAUUCAAAACCUGGGAAAUAUAGAUCUACUGAGAUCAAAAUACCUUGAGCAAAUGAAACAAAUUGAUUUAGUUGUAGCUUAUAUUACAGCCAUGCCAUCAUUUGUAACUACUGUUAAAAAAAAAGAAUUUGAAGCUCCAGAAAAACUGGUCAUGUUUGAAGAAUUGAUCUUUAAAUUUUACUGGACAUAUCGAGACAUUGUGCAUAUCCGGAAAAAUCAACACGUAUUCUGGCUGUUUGCAGCAAAAGAAAUGUUACUGUCUAGUGAUGUUCAAAGGAUUCUUGUGAGGUAUCUACAACAAGAAGAGCAGAUGGAGGAAGAAAAUGAUGUUAAAUUUUGGACUAACAUUCCUUGUUGUAAACCAAUUUAUAAUUCAAAGAGCAUAUUCAAGACUCUGAGUUUCUUUUUUAAAUAAAUGUUUACUACUGUUUUGUUAAAAUCAUAGUGAAAGUUUUGAUUUAUAAAUUGCAUUUUUUAUGUGUAUUGUUAUAAACUCUUCACUUGUUUUAGAUAUCUUUAUCUUUUAUAAAUGAAUUUUUUUAUGAUAGAUUGACAAAUCUUUCUAGGGCAAAAAAAGGGGGGAAAAUGCAGUAUAGAAUUUACUGAAUAACAUGAUUUUAUUUUUCAAUAUCAUAUGUUGAAGAAAAUCAUCAUAAUAAAUAACUGAAGAUUAAAAUA